GCGCCCUCUUCUUAACGCGUCGAUAAAGUAGGAAUUAUCAAUCCGCCACAGUUUCUAACUUUCUUAACUUAUAACGACCUGCAUUGACUAAAUCUUUUUUUUUAAUUCAUUUAAAAAUAAUAUCGAUCUUCUUCAAUUUUUUUUAACCAAUAAAUUUUGAAUGUCUAUAUUCUAAGUGAAACGACGUAUGUUUAAAUAUUUUUCAGUGAAAUUAAUCGAAAGUGUUAAUCGUCAUCUCAGAAGAAGUUUGAAAAGUGCAAUCUUAUUACGGAAAAAAGAGAACAAAAAAAAGAUCAAGAAAAAAUUUGAAAAUGUCUUCUCUCAAAAAAUUUGAAAUGAUGAAAAAAAGAGAAAAUAAAAUCUACGUUGAAUCCACGAACAGCGAAAGUUAUGAGGAACAAACCGAUCCUAUCACGACUCUACGUAAGGAAAUUCAAGAUUGGAGGAAUCAUAAAGAGUUUAACGAUACGGACGUUUAUACUACGAGCAACCAGAGAAAUGAAUUGCCUGAAUCGCAGAAUGAAAAUAUUUACUCAAACGACGAAGUAAUGAGACAACGAUACGAGGCAAAUCAAUCAAAGAAAAAAAUAAGACAACGAAGAUCGGAUAACGAAUGUUAUUGCAAAAAGAAUGUUAUGCAGGAAACUACCAAAGAAUCGCAAUAUUUUUAUCCCAGUACAACGAGUCUUAUGGAUGAUAGCUCUGUAUAUUCUUUGCAAUCUCGAAGAAUCUUAGAAGAAGUUGAAAAUUCAAGGGAAAAGACAAUUGAUCGAAGAUCUACGACUAUCGAUUUUGAUAUCGAAUCGCCGGACAAGCAAAGAUUCAAAACGAAUAAUCUUGAGAGCCCAUUACUUUCUCCUGAUACACAAAGUGCAAUCGAAAAUGCAGAAAAAAUACUCAGAGAAGUACAACAUAAAAUCACAGAAGUUACUUGGCUAUACACUAAAACUGAAACUAAACGCAGAGUUAAAAAGAAGGAAAGGUAUACCGAUUACCUAGAACCACCUUUAGAAGAUGAAAAAGAAGAAGCACUAUAUAUACGCGAACUUGUGUCCUCAAAACUCAAAGAAAUCGAUCAUGGAGAGACCGAAAGCAACUCGGAGAGAGACGAAAUUUUGACAAAGAAAAUCAUGAAAAAACGUGACAAAAGAAUCGCACGUUUGUUGGAACCAAAAUUUCGAAUUGCAAAAAGAUAUUCCAACGAUAUUCUUUAUCGACAAAGAAAUCGCUAUUGUUGCAUACCUUACGAACAAGUCGAAUUUAAUAAUCCAAAAUGUACGAUUACGAAGAAAGAUGAAAUAAUAAAAGAUGAUAGAGUCGAUGUUAGUAAACGUAAAAUAAAAUCUUUAACGAUUCAAAAUGGCCCACCGUUAAAUAUCGCAAGGGAAUUGAUGAAACAAAAUUUGGGCUACGUUAACAUAUCACCCGAUACAUCUUUCGUUCAUAAUAAUUCUAACGUUAAUAUUUAUAAAUUCCGUCACGAAUCUUGUAUAAAUGAUAAAUUAUCGAAAGAUAGUAAUACUAAUGAAUCAAGAAUGGAAGAAACGAUCGAUGAAAUCGAUGAAAGUUCAAUCAAGAAUCGACCGAUUAAUAAAAAGUUUAGAAUAGAAAAAAAACAAGACAGAAUUGAACAAGAUAUAAUAACACAAUAUAAAUCUGUUUCGAAGGACGAGGAUGAUUCUUAUUCUAAAGACUUGAUAGACGAAAGGAGGAAUGAUCUAUCGUCUGAACGUGAAAUAAAUAGUGGACGGGAGGAGAAUAAAGAUGGAGAGAACGUUUCGAAACAUCUGCCAAGGACAGGUGUUGACUGUUUUCUUUCGAAUGGUGAACCAAGCUCCUCUUCUACUUAUUCGGACCAUAUUAAAAACCUAAUACCUGAACAUAGAGAAAUUAUCAUUAAAAGUGUUAAUCCUUACGUUGAUACAGAUAUAAAAAAAUUUAUAAAAGAAGAUGAGAUAAAAGAUACGAGUAAAUCUCACGAUGUUGAUGAUAAUAAUGAUCAUGAUGACGUGGGCUAUGAAAAUGUUAAUAAUUAUAGACAAAGAAUCGAUAGAAAUCUGAGUGAAACUUCGCUUGAUAAUAUCAAAGAAAUCGAGGAAAAUAAUAUUAAGAUAUUAAAAAAAAAUAAAAAAAUGGUUUGCGAGAAAACAUUUAAAAUGAUUCAUAAACAUGAUUUACGAAGAGACCAAAAGAAAAAAUUAUAUAAUAAGAUCGAUGAACGUUUUGAAAAUAUUUUUCAAAAAUACAAUCUAAGAAAUAAUUCGUCGUACAAAUCAAAAGAUGAGAGUAGAAAUGUUUUAGAUAACAAUAUGCAAGAUUCAGAUAAUAGUAUUUUUAAUGAGAUCGAAUUAAAUCCACCUUCGAUCGAAAAUUUCAAUGAUAUAUUCUUUCUCUAUGAUAAAAUGAUGGAACGUAUUUCUAAAAGUGAAAAGAAAUUAGAAGAGAUGUUAGAAGAAUUUCAAUUGAAAUUAUCCGUUCAAUCUCAUAACACUAAGUUACCUAAUAAUACUGAUGUUACAUAUUGUAAUUUAAUAGCCCUUAAAAGUGAUAAUACGAAAUUAAUGAAAUUAAAUCCUUCGAAAUUAGUAUAUAAACAUCAAGAAAAUGAUGAAUCAACGUUAUCAUUAUCGGACGAAGCAAUUGUUAUAUCUGAAGAAGACAAAUUACAAAAAAAUUCGUGUAUUAUAAACGAUCAUUCGUCAUUAACAAAUAAAUUCUGUAACUUAAGAGAGGAAACUUUCAAGGCUCAUACGUAUUCAUUGGAACAAAAACAAAAUGACAAAUUGAUUAAUAAGAUUUUUACGUUAGAUAAAUCUAAUUUGUGUUCUAUCGAAUUAAACGUAGAAAAUAUUCCUGACGUAGAAAAGAAAACGUUAGAAAUUUGUUCUAAUAAUGAAAAUGUUAUGGCUUGUGUUCCUCUCUCAACAAAUUAUCACUCUAAUAAUAUUGAUGUCCUUGAAGAUUUGCGAAGAAAUGACGAAUCCAAUCAAACAUCGUUUAAUAAUGAGGAAUUACUUCUUCCUAAAGCUUCAAACUGUCUUUUGAAACGUCAAGAUCAAUUUGUCGACCAUCUAUCUUUCGAGAAAAAGAUCAGUUUUGAACGAUCGAUUGUUAAUAGUUUAUCAAAUGUAAAAUAUAAUCCUUUGAUAGUACAAGAAUUAAUUAAGCACUUACAACUGUUUUCGAAUGUAUAUAAUCAUGAUAUUCCUACUAUUUUACAAAAGUUUUUUGUUGAUACCAUAAACCGAGAAUCCGAUUUAAUCUUGGAUCUUUUAUCAAUACAAAAACAUGAUUACGAAAAUGAAAAAAGUUGUUCGGUGAAAGCAUUUGUGCAAGAUAACGAAUGCAAAGUGCAUGAUGACGUUAUCUCUAAUACAAAUUCUUUCGAUGAUAUUACAUACAAUCCUAUGCAAUGGAAACAAAAAUCUUUUGAAAUUUGUCCAUUAAAUACUAUGGAAAUCGAAGAUACCAAAAGUUCGAUCAAUGAAUUAAAUCAAAAUGAAAUUCAAAUAUUAGAAAAAAGUACUCAGUAUGAUAUUUCACAUGAACAAGACAUUCUUGAAUGUGAAGAUAGAAUUAUUAAGGAUAUUUACUUUGAUAAGAAAAAUGAAAAACAAGCAUCCGAUACAAAGUCUGAAGUAGACAAAUAUUCUACUAAACAGAAACAAGAAAAUUAUUCAAAUGAUACAAAAUUACAUUUUACAAUAAAUGAUAAUACCAAUAAAAAUGAUAAGAGCUCUGAUAUAAAUAUGGUAGUUUCCAAUUUGCAUUUACUUACAAAAGUAAUUGAUAAGUUAUCAGAAGGUGAAGAUUGCAGUAAUACGUCCGAUAUAAAUAUUAAUAUACCUGUUACACAUAUUGCUACGACUUCAUCAGAAACGUCUCAUUCUGAAGGAGAAUUAUACUUGCCAAGUUCAUGUUCAUAUUCUCUUGGAGAAGUUAAAGUUAUGAAAAAUUCAGCAGCCACAUGUAAUCGUGCACUCGUCAGUAAUAAUACAUUGACUUCUUUAUGUGACACUACGAGUUUAUUACAUUACAGCUCAGGCGAAGUAAGUGUAGAUAACACUGAUAUUCUUUAAAAUAAAAAAAAUAAAAUACAAUAACUGGUAUUUAUAAUUAUAUUUAGUUUUGAAACAAA